UAACGCAGUUGUUGUAAUCCUAGUCCAGGUUCAUUUGGUCAACUAAAUGACGCAGUAACUGACUCAAAAUGAAAAAAGCGACUCAAAGUACGCUUGCAAGAGUUCGUUAUAGAUAUUGAAAACUGGGCCUGGGCGUAACUCGCCAUCAGCGAUGAGGGGGGAUCACAAGGGGCGAAGGGGAAGGACACCGGGCCCGUAUUCGUACCCUAUGACAAGCAACCCCUCUGAGCCACACGGAAACCGUCAUUCCUCGACUCACGCGUGCAGCUGCCCCCAUUCCUCUGUCCUGCUACUGGUCGUUUUCUUUUCAGUGUGGUUCGAACAUUCCAACGGUGCACACAUCGCCCAAUUCCUUAUUGAAAUAACCACAUCGAAGUUAUCCACAUUUUUUUUUUCAAAAUUCAUUAUCAAUGACAUUACAAUUUCCCAGGGCUGAACCCUUUCCAAAAAAUGUGCAGUAAAUUUUUCAGUGAUUCAUCAAGUCGGAUGAUCAGACCACCAGUGCAGUCGGUUGCCCUAGCAUUGGAGACCUGGAGAAGAGUAUCAUUCUCCACCAGUGCUCUAGUGAUUGUCAUAAAAAAGUGAUGUGUCGUUUGCUGAAUCAGCCACAAUCGGACUAAAUCAGUGAUAAAUUAUCCUAAACUAAAAAUUAAUUAAAAAUGGCUCAGGCAACGUCACCGUCUGCCGUGCACUGUUAUACGAACCCCUCAUUCUGCCGUCAAUCCGAAUUCGUCCAAGAUCACGACGACGAGUUGCCACCCCCUCCGGGCUUCCAAGUUGACGAUCUACCUCUACCACCGCCACCUUCGGGGCCCCCAUCACUUCCCAUUCCGAUCGCCCAUCAGAACUAUCCUGAAAGAUAUGGCCACACAAACGAAGUUCUCUUGAGUCGUGCCGAUCCAGACGCUAUUGAAGUCAACAGAUAUGGCAAGACAACAGAGCGUUGCUGUUAUCUCGACGAGACAGUGGGAAAUAUCCAGGGGCAGGAGCAUCGCGUUAUCUACGACAGAAAUACAAAGUCGAGGUAUGAAUACAUUGAUGAUGAUGAACCACCCCCACAGCCUCAACCCCGUCUACAGAGACGUGCCUCCCUGACGCGUUUUGAGAUGCUCUCACAACGUCAGGAUCAACACUUCACCCGACAAGCCAGUUAUCAUGGUCAUUAUUAUCGAACACCAUCGAGUAUCGAUGAUAAUGAAACAGGUCGCAGAAUUCGCCGGACUCGUCAGAACGGAAACGAAGUGGUGCGUUAUGGGCUGGUGCCCGCAGACGAGGCCAACGUCGACUGUGACUCUUCCCCUCUGCUUGGCAUUGGUCAAUCCUCCCCUCGAGGGCGUUAUGGAAGGAUACCCAUGCAGGAUGAAGAGCCGCCCUUGUUACCGGAACGCAAUGUACGAGAACAACAGGAAUUACGGGAGAAUACGUCGAAGAAUAAUUUGGCGACGCAGAGGUUGCACGCUAUGCUGACAACACCGAGAAAGAGAUCCCGAUCGGAGGAGAGAAAUCUCUCGCCCGGAAGGGCAACUCCCAGGUUCACACCACCUAUGAACACGGCGGUUUCACCUGCAGGUCGCAGAGUAGUUCCAGGCUCAAGUCGUCGAGGUACUCCUGUCGGCACACCACAACGUCCAUUCUCACCUAAUAGAACCCCCCAAACGUCAACACCCAAUAAGGACAUCCCUUCAGCGCGCAGAUGUCUUCCCCUGAACGAGCAACAGGAAUUAGGAAAUUACAGUAGAACUCGUUAUGGCUCACGGCGCGAAGGCAAUGGAUCAUUAGCGACAUCACCGAUAGAAUUAUCUUCACGGUUCGGUGAACCUCCACCGAGAUAUGCAUUCGUGGAGUCGGGGUCGGAGUCAAUACCCAUGGUCAUCGGAUCCCCCAAGUACCAGGUGCUAACGCAGACGUCUAAAAGAGGUGGUUAUACGAACGUGGAAAGUGCAUUCAUCGCGAGAACAGCUGUCGUACCACCACUCUCACCACCAAUCAGCGAAGCAAACACGACAUUGAUAAGUGCAACUGAGAAGGAAGACCGUAAACGUGCGCCAUUGUUGCUGAUUCUCGUCGGAAUUUUAACUUGUGGAUUGGCUGUCUAUCUUUCGUGGUCGCAGGGAAGAAAAUAUUAUCUGGAUAGCGCAGCUGGAUGUGGAUUGUGUUGUGCCCUCGCCGGUGCUUGCAGAAGCUUACGACGAACCUGGACAGGCCUAGGACUUGCUGGAUUGUCAGCCAUAAGCUGCCUAGGAUUACUCCUCUUGGCAUCUCAACAACCACGUCCGGGUACUCCCCUGCACGAUAUUACAGCUGGUGCACUGUGCGGUGUUUCAUUACUCGGUGCUGCCCUGGCAGUACUCGCCCUUCUAAGUCCCAGAUGUACUUUGAGUAGACACAGACGAGUUCACUCAUGGAUACCAAAUUUUUCAGCCUAAUCCAAGAUCUAUUUUCUAUGAAAAUGUAAUUCCCCAUAGAAAUUUUAAUUAGUCAUUAGAGGUACGAUAUUUUUUUACAUGGACAUUUUGUAAUGAAAUUUUAAUCCUAAGUUGUACAAUAUUGAAUAAAUUUUUCCAAACAA